AUGGUCGCCAACGCGGACCCUAAGAAUGGGAGCUUUGCCGGAGCAUGGGGCAAGUUAGGCUGUCCCACUCCAACCCGAGGAAUCGCAGCCUACACGAUCUCGCCAAACCGACAAAAUCCAUUUGCCGGCGCUGGCCAUGCUGCGACUUUCAACGUUUUCCGCCGUUUCCGCCACCAGGUUCUUUAUGUUGCGCCCCCAUUCAUCGUUGCAUAUGCUGCGAUGAGCUGGGCGGUUGAAAAAAAUGAGUUCCUGAACUCGAAAGCCGGGCGAAUCAUUGGCGACGCCGAGUAG